AUGGGAGGGCAGGGGGAGCCUGGGGUAGCUGGACCGCAAGGCAUCAAGGGAGAAGUGGGGUCGAAAGGGGAGGUGGGAGAAAAGGGUGCGACUGGAGCAGGGGAGAAGGGUCUGAAAGGGGAUACGGGUGAGAAGGGAGAUGCUGGGACGGAGGGCGUUAAGGGGGGAAUGGGUGAGAAGGGAGAGAUUGGCCUAAAAGGUGAUGCUGGGGAGAAGGGAGAUCUUGGCACACCAGGGGUUAAUGGAACAGCUGGUGCUAAGGGUGAGCAAGGCGAGAAGGGGAUCACGGGAGCGAAGGGGGACACCGGGGUACAAGGGCAGAAGGGCGAAGAAGGGGUUAAGGGGGAACCGGGGGAGAAGGGCGACGUCGGGGAGAAGGGUGAAGCAGGGGUUUCUGGGGCGACUGGACAGAAGGGUGACAAGGGGGAUGCGGGAGAACCUGGAGUUAACGGGACUAAUGGUGACCCAGGGGUUAAAGGAGAGACCGGAAUUGCCGGAGUGAAAGGCGACAAGGGUGAACUUGGGGUACAAGGCAUCCAGGGGGUAACCGGUCUGAAGGGGGAUAGGGGGGAUGUGGGUGAAAAGGGGGAUACCAGACAGGGUGAGAAGGGGGUCCCAGGGGAGGUGGGUUCUCCUGGGGUAAAGGGGGACACGGGACAGAAAGGUGAAGCCGGAGCUAAGGGAGAGCCAGGGGAGACGGGUGCGCAGGGGGCGGCUGGGCUGGCGGGACCGAAAGGGGACAAGGGAGACCCCGGUCAGAAGGGAGAGCCGGCAUAG